AUGACGGCGGAACAGUGCACCAUUUCUGAAUUAUUAUAUGAAGCCGAUUUGCUGUGUUAUGAGCAUUCUAUGCGAACAGUCCUGAGGUUGCGUAGUGCAGCCGAUAUGAGUUAUGUGGAUGAGAAAGACCUGAACAAAAUUGGUAUGACCAGGCCGGAACAGAAACGUUUGCAAGCGACUUACUAUCGGAAAUUUGACAAGAAAUCUGAAGAAAAAGAACAGCAUUCCCCGAGUUACCACGAACAGCACGUAAUACCUCUGGAAAAUAUUACCUUAUCCAAGCAAUUGGGCAAAGGCGAGUUCGGAUCCGUUUAUCAAGCCGCUUGGAGUAAUUCAAAUAACACUGAACAAAUACAAGUAGCUGUAAAAUGUAUUUUACCGGAGAAACUAUUUGCCAAUCCACUUAAUUUUUUACAAGAAGUCGCAGUGUUGCACAAAAUGCGUCAUGAAUGCGUUGUCAGACUUUAUGGCGUAGUACUGGAUACUAAAGCAGUUAUGCUGGUAUCCGAAUUGGCACCUUGUGGAUCACUACUGGAGUGUCUUCAAAAGCCCUCUUUACGUGCUACAUUCUUUGUGGAUACAUUUUGUAAAUUUUCGAUACAGAUAGCGCAGGGCAUGAAAUACCUGUCAAGUGAGAGACUUAUUCAUCGCGAUCUUGCAGCGCGCAAUGUUCUUGUUUUUUCUGCUGAAAGGGUGAAAAUCUCGGAUUUUGGAUUGAGCCGUUCUUUGGGCAUGGGCGAGGACUAUUAUCGAAGCGAGUUUUCAGAAGCAGUUAAACUACCGAUCGCAUGGUGUGCUCCUGAAGCCAUUAAUUUCCUGAAGUUUACAUCUGCAAGUGAUGUUUGGUCAUAUGGAGUAACAUUGUUUGAAAUAUUUUCUUUCGGUCAAAUGCCAUGGGCUGGCUUAACUGGCGCACAGAUACUAGCAGCAAUAGAUUAUCCAAAUCUACAACGACUAGAAUGUCCAGAUGCGUGCCCGAUUGAAUUUUACAACCUCAUGAUGCAAUGCUGGGCUCACAAGCCGGAAGAGCGUCCUUCUUUUGCGGAUAUCGUUCGCCAGCUUCCGGAAAUCAUGCCCCAGUGUUUGGUUACUGUGACAUCUUGUUGUGAUGGAAUCAUCGACCAUCUCCAGUAUUCAAAAAAUGAAACCAUAGUUGUGCUCGAUAGAUGUCCUCCGACAUAUCCAGACGGCUAUUUCUGGCGUGGAUACAUGCGAAAUGGUCGAACAGGUUUAUUUAGACCUGAAGCAACUGUUGCAAGGCUAGCCAUCGAAAUGCCAAACAGCAAAUGCAGUCAGUACUUGUCAUCAGUUUCCUUUUUACCACAUUCAAAAAUCUCUCCCCAUGAAAAAGAAAAGACGCAAGACAAAAGUAGCCGCAAGAAGCUGUUGAUAAGUGAGCCUCAAGGUGAUGUCCAUCACACUUGUCAUGUUGGAGUUGAUGGAACUACCUUUGGAUUAUUACAGUUUGGUAAAAACGAUAUAUCAGUAAAGUCGUCUACAGCAGCUCACUGA